CAUACUUGGCCAAAUACAGGUGAUUAUUAUUUCAGGGGCUGUGAGCUGACAGGGAGACACUGUAGGAGACAGCAGACAUGGCCACACUACAUCACACCUAACACAAACGGAUUAAAGCAGAUUAUCAGGGAUUACUGGCAAAAAUUUUAUUUCAAUCUAUGUCUUAUCCAUAAUUUCAUCAAAAAAGUAAUCUGUUGUUUUGCUCCCCUCCAUCUUGUCUUCUACAUAGGGUCCAGCAGUGGAGUCGAUAAUGAGCAGCAGGGUCAGGGCUAAGUGUGUCACUCAGGAAACUGUCAAAUAUUAGCGUGGGUGAAAGGACAGCAUUCAUUACUUUUUUUUUUCAUAUCCUCUUCCUAUAAACAGCUGGGUGACCUUUUUGAUCUCAGGAAGUAUAACAACAUGCCCUGAGUCCAUGUCACCAUAUUGACACCUUGAUAUUAGCUUUUGGUUGCUCUAUUCAGCAAUCUGAUGAAUGAAAUGUAAGAAUGCCUCCUAUGUCUUCUUUAGGUAUGAUAGGUAUGAGUAUAAAUUCUAGCAUUUUCAAAUGACCUUAUGCUACUGUUACAUUGAUCUACUACAUGCACACUUUUUCUUUUUUUAAGUGUUAAGGUCACAUCAUUGACUCCAGGGAUCAAUAGCGGGUUAACACAUUAAAGCUGUGUGAACAGCAUACUGUUAUGUCUUUGCAUCCCACUGUUCUCUCCUCCUGUGAGCCACUGUGCACCCAAAUCCUCUCUUUCUCUCUCAUUUUUUAUUUCCACCUUUCCUUUCCUAUGUGUAUCAACUUCAGAGCCUCCUAUCCUGCUCCCUCCCCUCUCAUUCUCUUUAUCUUCCACCAUUUUAAUCAUGCUGACUUUACAGUAUCUCUUUGUCAGCUUUGUUUUGUUUCCUUCUGUUUGUACUGUUACAUCACAUUUAUUGUUGCUUUCCAUUUAAUCCUGGCAGCUCAUCACCUCUUAAAGCCUCUGUUCUUCCCUCUUGGUUCCAUCUGUGACUGUAUUAAUACCCUCUCUCCCAUUUCUCUUAUUUCCACAAGCAGUCUUUCCUUUCUGCCCCUUCCCCUUCUUUCCCUUACUGUCUCCCCUCUCUUGCUCUCUAACCCCCACCACCACCACCACCACCUCCCUUCUUCUCCUCUGUGGCCAUGCUGAAGAAUAUGUCCCGUCGUGCUCGCUCCCUGCUCUCCCUGACCUUGACUACUCUGGCUCUGGCCCUCUCCAUCCUCGCUCUUUGCACCUCUUACUGGUGUGAGGGCACUCAUAAGGUGGUCAAGCCCCUCUGCCUGUCGCCUGUCAAAAUGAAGAACUGUGGUCAGAACAACAGCGAGCCUUACACCACAGAGAGUCCUACUCAGAGCCCCUUCAACCGUACACUGUCUCCAGCCAGGAGAGACGAGCUGGCCAAGAUCAAGCAGCGGCAGCUGGCAAACGCAGUGCACUACAUCUGGGAGACAGGGGAAGACAAGUUUGCUUUUAGAUACUUCCACACUGGCUUCUGGGAAAGCUGUGAGAAACACAGCGAUGGAGAGAAAUGUCGAAGCUUUAUAGAGUUAACACCGGGGGAAACACAAGGUGUGCUCUGGCUGUCAGUUAUUUCAGAGUUUACAUACAUUGGCUUACUUGGAAUGGGUUUCUUACUGAUGUGGCUGGAAGUCUUGUGCUGUCAUAAAGAAAUGUGCUCGCUAAAACUCAAUGCCUUUGCAGCUAUCUGUACUGUGUUAUCAGGUCUUCUUGGGAUGGUGGCUCAUAUGAUGUACACCACAGUAUUUCAGAUGACAGUCAUUGUAGGCCCUAAAGACUGGAGGCCUCAGUCCUGGGACUAUGGCUGGUCAUUUGCUCUUGCCUGGGUGUCCUUCAGUUGCUGUAUGGGGGCCGCAGUGGUCACACUCAACUCCUACACAAAGACCAUCAUUGAGCGCCGUCGCAGAGAGAUGCUCCGAUUUGAGGAAGAGAGAGCUGCCACUCGUGCACCAUCCUAUGAUGAGGUUGUUCCAGGUGGUGGGCUCUACUCGGUCACUGGCCUAUUGCAGUGUCCAGAUGGCAUGAUUGACGUGGCAUGGGCCCCAAAUGGCAGUGUGAUUGGAGUGGGAAAUGGGGAUGUACCAACUCUAGUUUUGGUAGAAAGCUGUGGGCCAGAAGGGUGUGAGGACUGUGAGAGGGAGAUGGAUGAGAUGGAGGAAGAGGCCAGUGACCAAGUUGAUUCACCUUGUUAGGAGAUCUAUGACACAUGUCAGAACAGAGGGCUGAAAAACUGAAAAAGGAAAGACCUUGCAGGAGAAGAAUCAAUGUGAGCAAACAGAUGCUGUUUUUCUUUUCUCCCACUUUGCAUGAUCUUGGGAUGUACCAAACAAACUUGAAAUCGAUUAAGUUAUUAUGUCUCAAAAUGUCAAGUCUACAUAGCACUGUCAUCUCACAUCAAGAAUGUUUUGGGUUCGAGCCCCAGCCAACCCGGUGCCUUUCUGCGUGGAGUUUGUAUGUUGUCCUUGUGCCUGUGUGG